ACAACAAAUCGAGGGGGACAGGGGCGUAGAUAAUUUCGAACCGAAAAAAGGAGAAAAAGACGGGAAAAAAAAAACAGACGAACCAGCGAGAGAGAGAUGCAACGAGCUUGAGGCGAUCUCGACCGCCACCAUCCAUCCAUCCUCCGCGAGACCGCGACCCGCCGUCGCCUCCAGAUCGUGCUCCGCCCAGCUUGUGAAUCCAGUGAAAAUGGUCCAGACCAUCAUUGUUACUUACACUUCAUGACCUCGUUCCUUCACCAACCAGAUUAAGGAUUCCAGCAUCCACCUCCAUGUUGGCCAUCAUCUUGAAGUGUUGGAGAAUUUUAAUCAUAAAUUGACAUGUAAAGGAGAGGAGGCAAGCUAUCUGUAACUGAAAUAGUUUCGGUGGGAUACCAUGGUUGACAUAAACCCUGAUCACAUCUUUGAGGUUCCGGACACCCCUGACCGAAUACAGCAGUCAACAUGCCCUGUAUCUAGCCCAGCUGCUAGGAGAGGUAUUGCAAAAGCAGCUGGAACUCCAUUACCAUCGCGAAGAAUUAAAUUUAAGAUCACAAAUAACUCCAUCCAGGGUCAAUCAAGUAGAGGCAAUGCAAGUAGUGUGUCGCCUGCACCUUUAGAUGCUGGCGAUAUUUUUAAACAAGCCGAGUUGGCACGAUUGCUGCCAGUGGCAGAAGAUCCUGAAGCAAGAUCAUCCUUGCUAAAAUCAGGUCGGACGAUAGAGACAUCUGUUGAGAAUGAAAAGGUGCCAAAAAAAUCUGGUUUGGAUCAGAGCAUGAAUAUUUCAAACAAUAUAAAUUGCAGGGGCUCUGGAGAAAGGGACCGUAGUUGCCAAAUCAGAAAAGGGGAUAUUAGUGCACGGGAUGCCAAUAGCUGCAAUGCUGACUUUCUCUGUUUAGGAUCAGGUCUUCCUACUACUACGGUGGGAAAACCACGAAACAGAAUGGGGACUAUCACCUUUAAGAAGCCGAAGGAAGUAGUAGGUGCUAAUGUCUGUUCAGUAUCGAGUCCUAGAGAGGGCAAAGGGGAAGAGAUCACUGACAAGGGCACAACAGGAAUUUCAAGCUCUACACCAAGCAUUGUUCCUCAAAGGCAUGUGGGCCAAAGAAAGCUGGUGCGGAAUGGUUGUAUUUCUCCCUCCAACAUAGCCAAAAGAAGUCUGAAGGUUGAUGAAAAGCGAGAAAUAUGCUCUACAAGUGGACUCUUACACUAUCCAGAUACUCAGGUUGAUGCUUCUGGGAAGGGAAAUGUGAUAGAUCUUACUGAUAGUUCACCUAUAAUAAGAAGGCAGGGAAACACUGCAACUGACAUGGAAAAAAGGUCAGGGAGAAAGUCGGCAAUAGGCAGAGCUGGGGAGACGGUAAUUCCACUGGCUGCAAAUCAAGUGAACAGUAUUUUUUCUGAAGGUAACAAGAAUAAAGGAAAAGAAAUUUCCCAUGAUGUCGUGGGUGCUAAGCAGUCUGGAGAGGCUUAUAUGAGGAGGGUUUGUCCAAGAUCCAUGGGAGAUUCUUCUUCCGUUGCAAACAAUGAUCACACCGGUAUAGGUUCUGAGCAAGGUUGGAGAACAACGCACAAUAAUACUAGUAAUAUACCCAUGCCACUAUCAGGUAAGAUGACCAAUAGUUGUGGAAGAGAAUCUGGAUCUUCUGAACAGUCUAAUCUGGAUCGAGCAUCUGCAGCAGGAGACAGCAAUAACUCAAUUGAGGGAGGAGACAACAAUAACUCAAUUGGUGGAGCAAAAACAUUGCAGACUGCUAGUUUUGUUAAUAGAACAAUAAGGAUCAGUAGCAGAAAGAGGAAGCGCAUCGCAAGUUCUUACCAUCCUGGUGAAAGCUCUAGCUCUGUUGAUGUUGAUCAACCUAGAGUUGCAUCAUCAGACUCAACAGCUGCUAGAAAUCAUACCACUCACCGUCAUCAUAUUCCUGUAGUAGAUAUUGAUGACAUAUGCUCUCCUGAAGUAAGGCCUAGUUUGAGUGGGAUUGGUAGCAGCAAUCGGACCUCAGUGGAUCCCAACAUAAGAGAACAGUUGGAGUCUGAUGAGUUAUUGGCUCGCCAACUUCAGGAGCAGCUUUACAAUGAAACUCCUCAUGUUGUUCCCACAGAAGAGAUUGAUGCGAUCAUAGCAAUGUCACUUCAACAUGAAGAUAAUGCGCAGCCGACAUCUAGAACUGCGAGGCGGUUCCAAAGCACUACAAGAGGUCCAAGGGUAUUGCGUUCAACUGUUCCUCAGCAUGCUAAUAGGGUUCGAUAUGACUCAAACAACAGAAGAAUAAUUUACCAGAGAGCUCUUUCCAGAUACCCUGCUGCACAUAUUCAACCUAAUAUUGAUCUAAAUGAUUAUGAUGCACUGCUUGCAUUAGAUGAAAAUAACCACCAGCAUGCUGGUGCUUCAGAAAGCCAGAUCAAUAAUUUGCCUCAGUCAGUAAUCCAGUCAAAUAUUGAAGAGCCGUGUGCAGUUUGCCUUGAUAAUCCCUCUAUUGGUGAUACGAUCCGCCGCUUGCCAUGCUUUCACAUGUUCCAUAAAGAAUGCAUAGACGAAUGGCUAAGAAGGAAGAAACUAUGUCCAGUUUGCAAGUCUGGGAUCACAUAAAGGUGACAAUUCGGUUCCAUGAAUAUUCUGCCCUUAGACUCAAGAAAACAGAAGGAAGUCGCCUGCAACAGUGGUUGCGUUUCUAUCUUUAGACGACAGUGGUAUCGGCGGGAGGUUGCGCAAUCUUGUAGAGCCUUGUUCUAAUUGCCUUCGGUGCUAAUUCUCUGUUUUGUGGGUUUAGGCACGAUAUUUUGUAUAUCCAUGUGUUUUAUUCAUCAACUGGCAUAAAAGGUCAUUAUCGAUUGAUUGCUUAUCAGCCAAUGAGAUAUGCUGUCAUUGCAAGACA